UUUCUGUUUAAAAUACUGCUGGCUGGUUCAUAACCAUUGGUCCUAGUAAUAUUACUUGUACUAAAUAUGUCGGAUUAUUAAUUUUUGCCCUUGACAACCGACCAUGUUGCCCAUUUCAAAAACUGCCACUGGGUGUGAGAGCCCAACCAAAAGAAAUGAUUGUCUUCUUGGUUUUCCUUCAAGGAUACCCAUUACCCAAUGUGGCACUCAAAGGAGAAGCUGCCCAGUCAUCUACACUCUCUUUUGCCACUGCGUCCAAAGCCAUCGAUGGCAGACGGAACUCGUUCUAUAGCAAUGGGUUCUGUAGCCACACGGCUGAAGACGAGACCAACCCCUGGUGGAGGGUGGACCUGCACAAUGGGUUCUGUAGCCACACGGCUGAAGACGAGACCAACCCCUGGUGGAGGGUGGACCUGCAGCGAAGCUUUACAAUCACUGCUGUAAAAGUCACCAACAGAGGAGACUGCUGUGCUGAAAGACUGGAUGGAGCUGAGAUCAGAAUAGGAAACUCACUGGAGAACAAUGGAAACAAUAAUCCCAGGUGUGCUUCCAUCUUACAUAUCAAUGCGGGUAAAACCUACACAUACCGGUGUGAUGGAGGCAGCAUGGAGGGUCGCUUUGUGAACGUGUUUCUUCCUGGACAGCCGAAGACUCUCACCCUGUGUGAAGUGGAGGUGUAUGCUGCCCCAGCAGUUGAACCGCUUCCAAACGUGGCCUUAAACAAACAAACAGUACAGUCAUCAACUUGGUAUGGGCCAGUGUUUGGGCCCUCAAAAGGUGUUGAUGGGUGCAGGAAUGGAAACUUGGACUCAGGAUGCUGUACACACAAUGAUCAAGAUCUGGGUCCCUGGUGGAGAGUAGACUUGUUGGCUGUCUAUAAAGUCAGUGCCGUCACCAUCCUCAACAGACAGGAUGCUUUUAUUCCAAGGAUUCUUGGGGCACAGAUCCUGAUCGGGAACUCGCUGGAACGAAAUGGAAACCAAAACCCCAGUUGUGGCAUGAUCACAUCAUUAGAUGGUACACCAACAUACACAUUCCAGUGUAAUGAAAUGGAAGGUCGCUACAUCAUUGUGAUCAUACCAGGGGAAAAGACUUACGCAACCCUGUGUGAAGUGGAGGUGUUUGCUUCUGUAUCUGUGCCAGAUGUUAUUACGACUCCUCCACCUCCUCCCACCCCUCCUCCACCUGUGAGCCUGCAGCUUGGUGGCAGGAACGUGACGGUGGUGGGAGAGAGGCUCUGCUGGUCUGAUGCUCUGAUGUACUGUAGACGUUAUUACUGGGACCUGCUCAGCCUUCACAGCCAACAGGAGCAAAGCGAGUUGGAGCAGCUGCUGGGCCUCAUUCCUUUCUCCCUCACAGACCACAUCUGGCUGGGACUGCGCAGGUACUGA